AUCUGGAGGCCAGUAAGUUAACAAUAAGUCGGUUAGCCUACUUGGAAUAUAUAUUUUCUGUUACCUAAAGCAUGGCUAUGCUUCUCAAGGUCAUAUUAAUCUGACUGACCAAUCAUAUGUUAGAAGAGAUGUUCUCACAUUCAUACGCUAACAACCACCAAGAUUACUAGCCAGCAAAAAUUUUCAUUUACUUGUUUAGCCAUAUUAUUUAUUUAAUUCAUUCAUAAUAAUAUCAGAUAUAAAUUUAAGAUUACGCUCAUGAAAUUGACAUUUACUUGAAGUUACGUCAUUAAAAAUAUGUAACAAUACACCACAGUAAAAUAUUCCUGCUUGAAAUAUUCAGUAGCUAAAAUGAACACAAAAACACAAAGCUAGCCAAUUACGUAUGAUUCUUUCUUACACAGUGGAACCUAUCGGUAACAUUCUUAUUAAUUUUAGCAUAUUUUUUAGUCCUAUUCAUAUCUGUGGACAAAUUUGAUACCUAAAGAGAUGAAUUCUUUUAGCAUGAAGAAAAAAUGGAGUCCAAAAUGGUAUAUAAUGUUAUAUUUUCUUCAGUAUUGCAGCUGAUGAGCCCCGUAAUAGGGCGAAAGCACAUCCACUAUCAACUAUUACACACAUUAACUUUAUGUGAUACUAUAACAUAGCAUUUUACCUAAUUUGUAAAGUAAAGUUAAUUGAAUAACUGAUUAGAGUUAAAUUAUCUCAGUAAAACAGUCAGAAAACCAAUAAUCGAAACAAUGGAGACAGAAAUUGAUAUGAAGUCAUUUCAUCGAAUGCCAAGUGAACGAAGGCGCAAACUGUGGUCACUGGCAGCACGUGCAGCUGUUAAAUGCCCAGAUGAUGCUGAGAAAGAUGUGACUGUUCAUCAAGAAGGCUCAUUACUUAAAGGAUCUGGUUCACUGGCUAAAACUCAAGAUUCUGGUGUUUCAGUUGAUUUUGCCUCGGAUAAUCAACCAUAUUCAACAGCUUGUUCACCGUAUACUUCACAUUCACAUUGUCGUACAAGUUUGGAUACUGAAUAUGGUGGAAACUAUGAAUACGGUAGAUUAACAAAAGGUGUAAAACGAUUUCAUGAUAUUAAUCCCGGGGUUACUUUGAGUGCAGAUCUUGGUGAUUCUAUGUACAGUGAACGUGGAAGGAGUUAUGCCACAAAACAGAAAUCCGUAUUUUCGAUACCUCAUAUUCCAUCUCACCUACCUUCGGUCAAUACAUAUAUGAGGCGUAUUCGAACUGCAGCAAAAAAAUUUGAUCCAUCGAUCAAACAGGAAAGUGCAGACACAUCAGGUUUGGGAAGUAGUUUAGACUGGGUAUCUUUAGAAGCUGGACAAACUCCAUACUACAGAAGAAUAUCCUCCCAGUACCUAAGUAAUCCCAGAGAUUUGACCAAUGUCCAUAGAAGCCUGGAUGAAAAGCAAACUCCUCGUCCUGUCAUAAUCAAGAAGAAUUUAACUAGUGAUGAUGGGGACAGUGAAGAACCGAUUUUUCUAAGGAAGUAUGCUACUCCUAUGGUAGGCUUAGGAAUUUCUCGUGAAUUAGAGACAGAAAAUACUAUUUUACAGUCUUAUCAGCAGCGGCAACAGCCUGUUCUACCAUUAAAAGAUCAUCAAACUACACAUCAGUUAGACUUUCAAACAGGAACGAUUGUCAGCACCAGUGCACCGUGUUCACCACACAGACCAGAGAGUGAUACUCCACCAAGACAUGCUGUACAACAGCCACAUAUAAUCGCAAAAAGCUUUGACCAGGCAUCUUACAGUCAUCGUAAACUACAAUCCUUUCCACAUUCUACAACAUCACACUUGGUAGAGGGCAGUGAAAAACGUAUACCAGGAGCCUAUAGUGACCAUUCAGAUGGAAUGGAAUGGCCUAUUAUUACAGAAGCUGAUCUAGCUUUGUUUAAGUAUGCCUCAGAUACCGAUGGUAUUUCACGGGCUCAAAUGAUAUCAGAUAUAAGAAAUCGCUCAGUACAUUGGGCUCCAACAUACAGAAGAGUUCAUCAACAGUUUCCUCGUGAAAAGCCAAUUCUGUCCCCUCGUCAGCAGCAACAACAACAACAACAAAGAUUUCGAUCACUUUACACAAGAUCAUUCACACUAGGUGACAGUAAUGAGCACAUUGAUGUUGACUUGAUGCAAACUAAACCAGAAACACACUUAACAACUCAAAUAUUGUAUACUACCCCACCGCCAACUAAUGAAAGAGAAGCUUACUAUAAUGGACUUUUAAUGCAAGAAAAACUUAAAGAAUUUCAUAUGGUAAAAAAACCACCUUUUAAGUCAACACAAAUAAAUCGAUUCAGCAGAAAACAUCAUCAUAUUGAACCAGAUACAAUUGUGGACACUGAACUACAAGGAUUACUUCAGAAACCAUAUGAUUUUCAUCAAUAUAAACCGACACAUUCAUCAACACGUAGAAGAUGGACAUCAUCUGAAAUUCCAGAAGUGAAAAUUACACCAGUUUUAGUUGAUUUACCUGGAAUACAAUAUGAUGAGCAAGAAAAAAAUGAGUACAGAGAAGAUGAAAACCUUGGAUAUGUCUACCCAUCAGAUGUACAUAAUUAUCGACAGUAUUCAGUUGGUAAGAAACGUCCACAUGAAGAACAAUUCCCUUUACAUUCUUAUCAUCAAAUUCCUUAUGAAGAUCAAGCAACUGAACCUCAAUGGAGACAAACAUAUAAGGCGGAUAUUACCUCUGACAAGUAUCUUAUUCCUCAUAGAGGUGAUUCAUUUCGAAGAGCUGUUAGCUUAGACAAAUCAUCAUUUACCCCGAGUUCAUUGUAUAGACAACAUUGUCAACAAUAUCAUCAUCAGCAACAUAGACAACAACAAUAUCCAGAAGAAAGUUUAGAAUCUAAAUUUACACGUCAAUGUCAAUUUAAAUAUCGUCUUCCAUAUUAUUCAUCAUCAUUAGAUUAUCCAUCAUCGUCUAGUAGUAAAGCAAGACCAUUACUUCAUCCAGGAUAUGUACAAACAUAUAACUUUUUCACUCCAAUUGAAGAGAAAGGUGAUUAUGAAUCAGAAAUAAAACGUCAUCCACUGGAAAGCAAAGUAUAUGAAGGUACUAAGGAUAUCUUGGACCAAAAUGAAAAGAUAAUUCCCGUACAAAAGAAGGCAGAACAUGAACUUCUCACAGACAAAGAAAAGUCUUCAUUUCAUUUGAUUACUGAUGAUGGAAAUCGUAGUGGUGGUAGUAAUAGUAAUAGUAGCAGCAUCAGUAGUAGAAAGAAAUUUCCUCAACCCGUAUUGAAGCAAUCAGUAUCAAUGAGUGGAUCCACAGAUGAAAUUGUACCAAAUGAAAAGGACACCUCUAUAUCGCAUAAAGAAGUGAGAAUUAGUGAAUUACAACCAACUGUGUCAAUGUCAAAGAAAUCUGUUACUUUAUCUAGUGAUAUUAAUAUACAAUCUAAAAUUGUAUCAGGAAGUAGUAUAACACCAUCGAGUGGAGUUUUAAAAGUGUCUGUACAUUUGGGUGAAAGUGGGAUUCAAGAAUUUGCUGAAUACUGGGACCAUAGCAUAUUUUCAGGUGCAAGAGUUACUGCAGUCUGUUUAGCUGGAGCGGCUUCUGUCUGUUUAGUAUGCACUGUAUGCGCCAGCACUUGGUUAUAUCAGGGAUAUGCAAAUAACAUUACAUAUAGUGGAUUUUGGAAACGUUGUAAUUAUAUCAAUCAAACUUGUGAAAUUAUGCUUCCAUUUCUCACCAAGCAUGAUGGCUGGCAAGAUGGUGCAUUCUUUAUACUUAUAUUGGCUAUACUAUUAAGUUUCUUAGGAUUGAGUCUUUCAGUGGCUGGCCACUUAGUCUAUGCUCUUCCGAAAAGAUUAUACUAUUUUCAUUCAGCUGGUGAAGCACACGUUGUUGCAGCAUUUGUUACUGCCUUAUCAAUGCUAAUCUAUCACAUCACUAUCAGACUGCAUUUACGAACAGACGGUCCAGUUAAUUUCGGUGAAGCAUAUGGUAUUUCAUGGUUUGCGUGUUUUUUACACUUAUUGGCAGCUAUCCUCUUAUUAUUAGAUGAAAUUAUUAAUGAAUUAGUUAAUUUAGCCACUAGAGUUCACUGUGUACGUACUUGUUUAAAGUGUAUUAUACACACAUACAGUAGAACUGUUCAAAAGAGACGCCAAUUGCUGGCUUAUUAUAAUUCAAAAUUUUCCAGUAGUAAGUAAGUAAGUUUUAUCACAUUGCCUAUAUGCAUGUGUUUAUACAGAAAUGCAGUAACCAUUAGAAAUUUUAUCAAUAUAUACUUUGAAGAUUUUAUUCUUAUCCUUAUGAUUGCCUUUCCUGAAUACUUGAUAGAUAUAUGUAUAUAUAUGUGUAUUCCAAAACACUAGUCUUUUCAAAUGCUCAUUUCUUAAAUUCGCAUAAAAAUGAUUCCAGAGGUGAAUAACACUAAUUGUUUAAAAUAAGAAAACUACGUAAACACGGACAUACACACACAUAUGAAAAUGUACAUCCGUUAGAUGAAUUUUGUGUGACGCUAUCCAGGACCAUUCAUGCAUUGCAAGAAAGCAAAAGAUAAUAGCAGUAAUAAUAAUAUUUUCAGUGUACUUCAUGAUAUGCACUAAUUUAUCCAACCUAAUUAUUUUAUUAUGUUUCAGUUACUUAAUUUUAUAUCAGUAGUUCAACGUUUACUUCAAAAAUGUUUGUGCGUACUGAAUUUUAAAUUUCCAUUUUACAACGAUUAUUCAUGGUAAAAUUGACCAGAAUAUUUUGCUCUUUCUUGUAUUUUCCCCACCUCUCCUUCAGUAAAAGUGGUAAAUUUUUCUUCUGAAUCUCAAAAAUAUCUCUUUUCGUUACUAGGUUUUCAAAGACGAUAACUACGCAGAGAUGGAUUGACGUUUGUAGUUAAUCAGUUAAUUAUCUUUUAUUUUGAAUUUUUCUCAUGUUCUUUUUCACUUUUUUGGAUCAUCUUUAUCUUAAUUUUACGAAUCUUAUUUCAAAAAGUAUAAUUAUCAUUGUGAAUAUCUAAAUAAAUUUGUUAGUUCAAGUGAAUUCUAUC